AUGCUAUGGGAGAAUGUGCUUCUUGACGUGCAAAAGGCCAUUGAACUCAACGCUUCGUCUCGUGUUGCAUACCAAGUGAAGCAUGCAGCGCUUCACGGCGCACAACGCUAUGAUGAAGCCAUCACAGCCUUCGAAAUGAUGCUCGUCAAACUGGACGGUGCUCAUGACAUUCAAAUACGAAGUGACCCUGUCAGUGUUUCCGAAGCAGAAGGUGUCUUACGAAAGGCCAUCGAUGUUCAACUUGACACUGCCCGCUUCGUCUACUCAACACCACUACCGGGCUUUUAUGUAAUCGAGAAGCGCAGAUGAGCGCGUUCAAAACGAGCGCAGAGCACAAGGACCCUCUGUUACCAACCAUGAAACUUCUAAACCUCCGAACGGAGCGCAUCAUAGAAGUAGUGGCGAUAUUCUUCCGUUGCGUC